AUGUCGGACGCCAGAAUAGCACUGAUGAUCCGUUUGGAAUUUUUCGGGUCAAAAACCGUAAUGGUGAGAAACUUACCCUUGAGACUGGUCUGGGCUAUAUCUGUGAACAAGGACAUACCGUGCUCGGUCUUGACCUUCAGUUUGUUGAAGAUCUGCGGAUUGGCCUUGCCCAUCUUGACCUCUGUCACUUUCUUGUUGUAUUUGGCGAGCGUCGAGUCGAAUCUGGCUUCGAGGUCUUUAAUCAUGGCCUUUGGGUCGAUCUCUUCAACGUCGGCUGCUUUCUUUUUCUUGUCAGCCUUAAGCGCCCAAGCAGUGCUACUGAAUUGUUUGGCCAUGCUGACCGGUCUGUAA